AUGGGUAAGGAAGAGCGUUCCCACAUCAACAUUGUCGUUAUCGGCCACGUCGAUUCCGGCAAGUCCACCACCACCGGUCACUUGAUCUACAAGUGUGGUGGUAUUGACCAGCGUACCAUCGAGAAGUUCGAGAAGGAGGCUGCUGAGCUCGGAAAGGGUUCCUUCAAGUAUGCCUGGGUUCUUGACAAACUCAAGGCUGAGCGUGAGCGUGGUAUCACCAUCGAUAUCGCUCUCUGGAAGUUCCAGACCCAGAAGUUCGAGGUCACCGUCAUUGAUGCCCCCGGUCACCGUGAUUUCAUCAAGAACAUGAUCACUGGUACUUCCCAGGCUGAUUGCGCCAUUCUCAUCAUUGCCUCCGGUACCGGUGAGUUCGAGGCUGGUAUCUCCAAGGAUGGCCAGACCCGUGAGCACGCUCUGCUUGCUUUCACCCUCGGUGUCCGCCAGCUCAUUGUUGCCCUCAACAAGAUGGACACCUGCAAGUGGUCCCAGGACCGUUACAACGAGAUUGUCAAGGAGACCUCCGGCUUCAUCAAGAAGGUCGGAUACAACCCCAAGGGUGUCCCCUUCGUCCCCAUCUCCGGUUUCAACGGUGACAACAUGCUUGAGGUUUCCGAGAACUGCCCCUGGUACAAGGGUUGGGAGAAGGAGGGCAAGUCCGGCAAGCGUCCCGUCGGCAAGCCCCUCCGUCUGCCCCUCCAGGAUGUUUACAAGAUCUCCGGUAUUGGCACGGUUCCCGUCGGUCGUGUCGAGACCGGUAAGAUCGUCCCCGGUAUGAUCGUCACCUUCGCUCCCGCCAACGUCACCACUGAGGUCAAGUCCGUCGAGAUGCACCACCAGCAGCUCAAGGAGGGUGUCCCCGGUGACAACGUCGGCUUCAACGUCAAGAACGUCUCCGUCAAGGAGGUUCGCCGUGGUAACGUUGCCGGUGACUCCAAGAACGACCCCCCCAUGGGCUGUGCUUCCUUCAACGCCCAGGUCAUUGUCCUGAACCACCCCGGUCAGGUCGGCGCUGGAUACGCACCCGUUCUGGAUUGCCACACCGCUCACAUUGCUUGCAAGUUCUCUGAGCUCCUCGAGAAGAUCGAUCGCCGUACCGGUAAGUCCGUUGAGGACUCUCCCAAGUUCAUCAAGUCCGGUGAUGCCGCUAUCGUCAAGAUGGUUCCCUCCAAGCCCAUGUGUGUCGAGCCCUUCACUGAGUACCCUCCCCUCGGUCGUUUCGCCGUCCGUGACAUGCGUCAGACCGUUGCUGUCGGUGUCAUCAAGUCCGUCGAGAAGUCCGCUGGUGGUGCCGGUAAGGUCACCAAGGCCGCCACCAAGGCUGGCAAGAAAUAA